GGGUUCAGGCAUGCCAUGACUAUGGCCUUUGCUAUCGAUGAGAUCAACAAGAACCCCAACCUUCUACCUAAUGUGACUCUGGGAUACAGUCUUUAUGACAACUGUGGUGCACUUCUUGUCGGACUCAGUGGUGCGUUGUCGCUGGCAAGUGGCCGGGAGAAGCAGUUUUUGCUUCAGGAGAAUUGUUUAGGUUCCCCUCCAGUCCUUGGGAUUGUGGGUGAUCACUAUUCAACCUUUUCUAUUGCCAUGUCCAGUGUGCUAGGUUUGUUCAAAAUGCCCAUGGUGAGUUAUUUUGCCACAUGUUCCUGCCUGAGUGAUCGGCAGCGGUUCCCAACCUUCUUUAGAACAAUCCCAAAUGAUGCUUUCCAGGUGAGUGCAAUGAUUGAGAUUUUAAAACACUUUGGCUGGACGUGGGUGGGCCUGCUGGUCAGUGAUGAUGAUUAUGGACUCCAUGUUGCCCGAUCCUUCCAAUCGGACCUGGUUGAUGCCGGUAGAGGCUGUCUGGCCUACCUGGAGGUUUUGCCCUGGGACAGUGACCUGGGUGAACUCAGGAGGAUCGUACACUUGAUGAAGACUUCCACAGCUCGUGUGGUCAUAGUGUUUGCACAUGAGAUCCACAUGUUACAACUAAUGGAAGAGGUGGUGAGGCAGAAUGUGACAGGCCUACAGUGGAUGGCCAGCGAAGCCUUGGCAACAGCUCCUGUGCUCCAGACCCCUCACCUUAUGCCGUACCUGGGUGGCACACUGGGCAUUGCCAUCCGUCGAGGAGAAAUACCAGGGCUCAGGGACUUCCUGUUACAAAUACGUCCUGACCAAAAUGACAACUAUGAAAAUAACCUGGUAAGACAGUUUUGGGAGUACAUAUUUCAGUGUAAGUUUGAUCCAGCAGGUUGGUUGGAAGGUGGCGGAGCACUAUGCACUGGACAGGAAAAUAUUGAACACGUGGAGACAGAGUUUUUGGAUGUUUCUGACCUAAGGCCUGAGUAUAAUGUCUACAAGGCUGUGUAUGCUCUGGCCUACGCUCUUAACGAUAUCCUUCAGUGUGAGCCAGGGAGAGGGCCUUUCAGUGGGCACAGCUGUGCCACUUUGCAAACACUGGAGCCAUGGCAGCUUGUACAUUAUUUCCAAAAGGUCAACUUCACUACAUCAUUUGGUGAUGAAGUAUCUUUUGAUGAAAAUGGGGAUGCCUUGCCAAUAUAUGAUGUCAUGAACUGGAUGUGGCUCCCCGAUGGAAAAACUAUAGUUCAGAAUGUGGGUGAAGUUAGAAAGUCGGCCUUCAAAGGUGAACAGCUCACACUUGAUGAAGAGAAAAUCUACUGGAACUUUGAAUCAAAAGAGCCACCACGGUCAGUGUGCAGUGAGAGCUGUCCUCCAGGUACCCGCAUUGCCAGAAGGAAAGGGGAACCUGUUUGCUGUUAUGAUUGCAUCUCUUGCUCGGAUGGAAAGAUCAGCAAUACAACCAACUCCAUGGAGUGCAUCAGUUGUCCAGAGGACUUCUGGUCCAACACCCAGCGUGACCACUGUGUUCCUAAGAAAACAGAAUUCCUCUCCUAUUAUGAACCUCUUGGUAUCUGCCUUACAACCACCUCAUUGCUGGGCACAUUUAUCUGUGCUAUUGUCCUGGGUAUCUUUACAUAUCAUCGUCGUACACCCAUGGUGCGUGCUAACAAUUCGGAACUGAGCUUCCUCCUGUUGGUGUCUCUUAAGCUAUGUUUCCUGUGUUCACUGUUAUUCAUUGGAAGACCCAGAGUGUGGACGUGCCAGCUGAGACAUGCAGCAUUUGGGAUCAGCUUUGUGCUUUGUGUUUCAUGCAUCCUGGUAAAAACCAUGGUGGUACUGGCUGUGUUCAAUGCCUCUAAACCAGGAGGUGGUUCCAUUUUGAAGUGGUUUGGUGCUGGACAGCAGAGAGGAACAGUUCUGGCUCUUACUUGCAUUCAAGCAGCAAUCUCUUCUGCCUGGCUGGUUUCUUCCUCACCAGUCCCUCAUAAAAACACACAAUACCACAAUGACAAGAUUGUUUAUGAGUGCGCAGUUGGGUCCACCAUUGGAUUUGCAGUUCUACUUGGUUACAUUGGUGUACUGGCCAUCCUCAGCUUCCUUUUGGCAUUUUUAGCAAGGAAUCUUCCAGACAACUUCAAUGAGGCCAAACUCAUCACAUUCAGCAUGCUCAUCUUCUGUGCUGUGUGGGUGGCCUUUGUCCCAGCUUAUGUAAACUCACCAGGCAAAUACGCCGAUGCGGUGGAGGUAUUUGCCAUUCUGGCCUCCAGUUUUGGCCUCUUGGUGGCGCUGUUUGGGCCCAAAUGUUAUAUAAUCCUGUUGAGACCAGAGAGGAACACGAAGAAAGCUAUCAUGGGUCGAGCCACCACCAAGCUAUAA